AUGCUAAGGAGACUGCUAGAACUUCGUCCGGCGCUACAAAAUUUUCUGGAGUACAUACAAACCUCAGUUGGGAAGGAAGAAUUCAGUGAUGUCAAGAUAGCGCGACCUACUGGGGAGAUGUGGUUCCACAUUCAGUGUCUUGAUAAACUCCUUGUGAGUUUCGAUGGAAUGACGACGCUGCUCUCCGGUGAAACGUAUGCCACCAUGCCUCUUAUAUUACCUAGCCUUCGGUUACUCGAAACGCGCUUGCAGAACAAGAAGGUAUUUGCAAAAGUUGCUAAAGGCGAGUUAUACUCUGGCCCCACACUCAGGCGAAUGCAUUUGGUUCCUCGGUUGUUCCUUUUGCUGCUUCGAAAGCGCUUCAGCAAACUACCGGAUGACGUGAAGUCGUGUUGCUUGCAACAUCCCCAUUUCGCCCAUGGCAAGUUUUUACAAGAUGAUGAAAAGAUUGCUGCAGCAUUGUUUUUAGAGAACGAGGCCAUGCGCCUGACAGGCGCUGAUGGGGUCGAUUUCGAUCCUAAUACGAGUGUGGACGUAAUCAGGAAAUAUUUUGGUGGUGUUGCCACCUCUGUCCCAUCGGAACGCUGUUUUUCGGCUGCUGGGAACGCGGUCACCAAUCGUCGAAACAAGCUUACUGGCGACAAUGUGAGGGACAUCAUUUUUCUUCACAGUAAUCAAGAUCCAGGGGCGGAUGCUGACGAGAGCAACGGUUCCAGCUGA